AUGGAGGUCUAUAUUGACGACAUGGUGGUGAAGUCAAUGAAAGCUGAAGAUCAUCUCAGGGAUCUUAAAGAUGCAUUUGGCAUCCUAAACGAAUACAAUAUGAAGUUGAAUCCACUCAAAUGCCACUUUCGGAUUAAGUCGGGCAAGUUCCUUGGGUAUAUGGUAACCAAGAUAGGAAUAGAAGCAAGCCCGGAGCAGGUUAAAGCAAUCAUCGAGCUGAAAUCCCCAUAUUCAACAAAAGACAUCCAAAGGCCAACUGGAAGGGUAACGACACUCAACAAGUUCAUUUCAAGAUACUCAGAAAGAUGUAAACCCUUUUACGAUAUCUUGAAGAAGAACAAUAGGUUCGAAUGGACUGAAUAUCACAAAAAAGGUUUUCAGGAACUCAAAAAUUAUUUGAGUUUCACGCCAUUACUGGUAAAGCCUAUAGAUGGAGAACCACUUCUCCUCUACCUCUCUGUAUCCUCAAACGUGGUAAGUGUUGUCCUAGCCAAGGAUCUUAACGGAGACCAACAUCGUAUCUACUAUGUAAAAAUGUCAGGGAGGAUGGAAAAAUGGUCGGUGAAGUUAAGCACGUUCGACAUCAGAUAUGAACCAAGAUCUGUCAUAAAGUCACAAGCAUUAACAGACUUUGUGGCUGAAUUUAGUGAUGAUCUACAAAACGAAGUAGACAUGGAGGGCAAACAGCUCCUAAAACAUGAACACUUGGGAAAAUGGACACUGUUCACAGAUGGAGCUUCAAAUAAAAAAGGAACAGGGCUAGGGAUCAUACUAAAAUCGCCACAGGGGGACAUCCUACCCCAGGCAGUUAAUUGUGAAUUCAACACUACCAAUAACGAAGCAGAAUACGAAGCACUCAUCAUGAGAAUACAAUUGGAUAAGGAUCUUCAAAUCAGGGAUCUUCAUGUAUUUGUUGAUUGUUUAUUACUAACUAAUCACUUCAAUGGAUCUUACGUAGUGAAAGGCCUAGACCUUAGCCUGGUCAUCAUCGGCCACACCCUUCUUCUCCCCUCCUUCAGUCAGCCGCAGUACAGGAUCCUGGUUGGCGGUAGCAGGCUUUCCAGUCAAUUUGGCCAGUGCCUCGCGCCAACCAUCCACGUCCCAAGAACCUGCAUUUUUAAGAUCCUCUGCGAGACGGAUCAGAGAUCACUUCCUCCAUCUCGAGCAAGUGCUCCUCCUCCUUCUUGA